AUUAUUUUCAGCUCUUCUUUCUUGGGUGAUAUGGGGGAUCAUUCCAAAAGUAAGUAUACGCGCAAGCCUUUCUGUUUCCUUUAUUUGCUUUCUUUUUUUUUUUUUUGGAGCGGUGUUGGCGACAUCACGAUUUUUUAUUUUUUAUUUUUUUUUGGUCGCUGUUGUUAAUACUGCAACUAUGCAGUAGUCCGGAUACUACUCCGUAUGUCGCAUUAGCAAAAACGUGCAGAAUGCACAAACCCUCCCCAAAACGUCCGAGUCGCAAAACGACUUAGGUGAUCUUGCCGCUGUGCGCAGAGAAGCCAGGAUUCGCCAUGUGUGUGGGAUGCGGAAGCCAGAUCCACGACCAGUACAUCCUGAGAGUCUCCCCCGACCUGGAGUGGCACGCAGCCUGCCUCAAGUGCGCAGAGUGCAGCCAGUACCUGGACGAGAGCUGCACUUGCUUCGUGCGGGACGGCAAGACCUACUGCAAGAGAGACUACGUGAGGUUGUUCGGCAUCAAGUGCGCAAAGUGCAACUUGGGCUUCAGCAGCAGCGACUUGGUGAUGAGGGCCCGGGACAACGUUUACCACAUCGAGUGCUUCCGAUGCUCGGUGUGCAGCCGCCAGCUGCUGCCCGGCGACGAGUUCUCUCUGCGGGAAGACGAGCUCCUGUGCCGGGCCGACCACGGCCUGCUGCUGGACAGAGGCUCCGCCGGAAGCCCCCUCAGCCCCGGACACAACGUGCACUCCGGCAGAGCCGUGCACCUGACAGAGCCGGUGUCGGUGCGGCAGGCCCCGCAUCGCAACCACGUCCACAAGCAGUCGGAGAAGACCACGCGGGUCCGCACCGUCCUCAACGAGAAGCAGCUGCACACGCUGCGGACGUGCUACAACGCCAACCCGCGGCCCGACGCGCUCAUGAAGGAGCAGCUGGUGGAGAUGACCGGCCUGAGCCCGAGAGUCAUCCGCGUGUGGUUCCAGAACAAGCGCUGCAAGGACAAGAAGAAGUCGCUGCUCAUCAAGCAGCUGCAGCAGCAGCAGCACAGUGAUAAGACUGUAAGCAUCUUCAACCUGCAGGGCCUGACGGGAACGCCCCUGGUGGCCGGGAGUCCCAUCCGGCACGAGAGCGCCGUGCAGGGCAACCCGGUGGAGGUUCAGACCUACCAGCCGCCUUGGAAGGCCCUCAGCGAGUUUGCCCUGCAGAGUGACCUGGACCAGCCUGCCUUCCAACAACUGGUGUCUUUCUCUGAGUCCGGCUCACUUGGCAACUCGUCGGGAAGUGACGUCACAUCCUUAUCCUCCCAGUUACCGGACACCCCCAACAGUAUGGUUCCCAGCCCGGUGGAGACGUGAAACGCGUGACCUCCGCCAAGCCCCCACAACCCCUGCAAAUAUUGCAGCAUGACCCCCCCCCCCCCCGCCAUCUUCCUCGCGAUUCCCUCUUGCAUGUGAGAAGUUCAUCAC